UAAAAAAGUAAUAAAAUUUAUUAAAUGUCUUGGUUAUUCGGAGGAAAAAAGAAGAAAACAAAGAAGACUCCCCCAAAAAUUGACAUCUACAGCACAAAAAAGAAGAUUGACGAUCAAGUUAAAUUCACAGAAAUGAAGAUUACAAAGCAUGAAAAGUUAAUUGAAGACCUUAAGCAAGAUGCUAAAGCUGCACUCAAGAAGAAGGAUAGGAAGAAAGCAAUAAUGCUGAUGAAGAAGAAGAAACUAUACGAGGCUGAGAACUCAAAGCUUGAAGGCAUGAGGAUGAUGAUGGAACAGCAACAGAUGAACAUGGAUAGAGAAAUCAAUAAUAAGAACGUUUUUGAAUGCAUGAUCGAAGGUAAUAAAGCUGUCGAACACCUCACCAAAGAAGCAGACAUCGAUCAGUUCGAAGACAUCAGAGAGAAGCAUAUAGAGUUUGAAGAUAGAAACCUAGAGAUCAAUGACUUCUUUGCUGGUUAUUUGGACGAUCAAUGUGCUGAUGCUGAGGAUGAUAUUCAGGAACUUAUAGAUGAGAUAGAGAAAGAAGAAAUGGAUAAGAUUAAUAAUAUUAUCAAUAGACCUCUCCCCGCUGCAAAAGUUCACUCGAAAGAAGAAAAGGUUUCCCGUGAAGAAGAAGAUUUAUUAGCUGAGUUAAAUUAAUACCUAAUCAUUUCUAAAACAAUUUGGCAC